AUGGUCACCCAAUCCUUUUAUGCUAAGAAGCGUGUAAGCGGCGCAAAGCAUAUUCAGCCACCCACACGUCAACGUGCCAAGGUCGUGCUCAGCAAAGAGGCUCGCGCUGCUCUCAGACUUGACCGACGUGCAAAGUCCCUUCGAUUCAAGGAUUCUUUAGACGAUGCUUGGAAGCAGCUGGACGACGCUACCAAAACCAUCGCUACUACCCACCAUAAAAGUAUCCGGCGUGUUCAAAAUGAUUUGUACGUGGGUCGGGGGCUUCUCCGCUCGAAACGCUCAAAGCCGAAUCUAUGGAAUGCGUUUUGCUGGAAGAAGAACCAGGAUAGAGAGAACGAAGCCCACGGUAAAGCUGCACUCCAAUCACUCGUGCAUGAUCACAAGGCUGAGUACCUUGCCCUCUCGAGGGAGGAGCAAGACGAACUGCUUGCCGAGUUCACUGAAUGGAAGGAGACGAAGACUACCGGUAUUCGUACCUCAACGAAGUCGAAGAUAAACGACAUCACACAGACCUUAAAGGCGGUCGAAAACGAGCUCAUCAGUCUGCAUUGUCGUACGGGUGCAGAGUCUAUUCUCUACACUACACGCGGCUCUACCGAUCUUCCCCUUCGAGGUAUCGCAUUUUCCACCGACGGUGUCGAAAAUUUUAUGGGUACCGUCAUGGGCAUUGAUAACCAAGACUUAGUCAGUAAAAUGGAGGGUUUUGCAGUACAAGGCAUGCAAGGUUCUGCCAAAAACCACAAGAAGCGCGUCUCCGACAAACGUUCAGAAAUCCGGGAAAUUAUCAACAGAAAACUUCGUGA